AUGCCUUUGCGUCUGAAUACAGUCUGCUCUCAGAUCGGUUCCUCUCGAAUGCACUUCGUACGUCUGCUGGACCCCCCUGAGUCAGGAGUGAGUUGCACCUCUCUGUGGCGUUGUGAUACUUGCGGCCUUUCUGAAACUGAGGCGGACAUCGUAUACUACGAGAUCGACCGGACCAACACAUUUUCUGCGUCAACAUCGCCAGCAGCUUCCCAUGUCAGAAGAGGCCCUGAGCUUUACGAGGAGCCGGUCCUGGCUGCGGACCGACGUCAAAUUGUAGAGCUAUUCCUCCGCUUCUCUUCCGACACUUUCUUGAGCAGUGUUCUCCCCCGGGGUGAGGUACUUAAUACCACUGACCUCGAGAUAUCGCACUCACCAGUGCUGGUGCUGGACGGUGAAGCACUAACUCGGCUGCCACAUUUACGCAGGUUAGAGGUGAAACAAUCGUGGGGUGAAGCUCCAGGAAACGGUGUUACUCGGCUACAAGGAAAUCCCUUUACAGGACUGCCCAAUCCCGGAAAACUUCGGAUCCUCCGACUCAGUCUGAACGUCUGCGGCUGUGACGAAUAUCGCACUUUCAAGUGGUUGAAGCACUGGGCACAGAAACUACAGGCCAAUCUACACUGUCGUCGAGUCCUUGAUGUGACCAGAACAGAUUUAGGAGCCCUAGAGAACAGCUGGGUCACUCAGAGCGAGUUCAUUGCACUCUGGGCGCCUUUCUGCGGCGAUACUGAAGGAGCAUUAACGGCGGUGCCCAUGACUUUUCAGACUAUUUCAACCAAACAGAAAACUUCUGGAGGCAAGUUCUCCACCCUAGACUGCACACAUAUUUGGACCCUAAUAUUUUCCGCCUUUGUAAAUAGGAUUAGCUCUCUCUGUCUGUGA